CAAACUAAUAUAUCCCCAGGUAUAUAACACUAUUGUUGCAUGCUCUCACGCUGUUUUGACACUUUUGUGGUGCGAUCUUUUUCAAUUUUUGCAAGAUAUUGGUUCUUGGCCAUUUAAUGAAGCAGAAAAGGGACGUUGGAGAAUCUCAUAGGAGUUGUUCCAGGAGCCUUUUCCUCCACCCAGCCAGCAUGUCGGAUAAGCCACGGGUAUACCAGGGAGUCCGCGUCAAGACCACGGUGAAGGAGCUGCUGCAGAGACACAGAGCCCGGACAGCGGACGAUAAGGAUCUAGCGGUAUCCCAGGGCUGCAUGGACAUCCCCAGCCUCUGCGUCGGCCUGUCCUCCCUUCAGAACCACUACGUCGAUACCUCGGUUCUGCAGGCGGACGCCGAGUACAGCGUCCAGCUGACGGGGAGCGACGGGUACUACCAGCAGCACCAGUACGUGGACGGCGUGGUUUUGCCCACCGCCGAUCGAUACGGCGCGGAUAUCGGCGGCCAUCUCCCCCUUCUGACCCCCUCCACCUUCCCUCUGCCCGGCGCCCAGCUCUCUCCGGAGGCAGACUAUUAUAACGGAAUGGCUUCGUCCUCGUCUCCAGACUCAGUCCAGAUCUCCAGCCCAGUGGAGCACAACAGUUACUCGCCGCAGCAUUCCUCUUACUCGUCCUCCUCUUCCUCCUCUUACGACUCGCCGACCCGAGUGGAGCCCGGGUACCAGGGGUUCCCCGCCCUGGACCACUCUAACUACCAGCACUGCAGCUUUGCAGACUGCUACUGCCAGAUGCAGGCGCACUGCUGGCCGGCCCCGCAGGAGAGCCUUUGGGCGGCCGCGGAGUCCGCGUCCUACUACGGCCCCGCUGGCCCCGCCACCGGCACCACAGACUACCCCUACCCCGCAGAACAACACUGUCUGAAGAGGGGCUGGCCCAUGAGUUCAGACAUGUGCUACAAUAUACUCUGAUGAUGUGGAUCUUGAUGAUGUCUGUAAAUACAAUGCACUGCACGUGUUGUGGAAGAGCAGAAGACUGUGUCUGCAUAUUACCUGGUGUUCGACAGCUUUUUUCUACCAAAGUGUGGACUGACACAGUGAUGUGGGAACGUAAACGCCGUUUUUAUUUUUGUAUUACUGGAAAAUAAAACAUAUUUUUUAUACAGAUCCAAAGUUGUGUUAAUAUUUAAAAUCUGCAAACCAGCAUUUAUUUGAACAUAAAAUAUUUCAGAAGGCAAGCAAUAUUUUUUUCAAAAGUCAAUAGUCUAGCUUACUAUUAGGUAGUUCAUAUAUUUCCAUCCCUUUUCAAGAAGAAAAUAUAUUUUUGGCUUUGUCUACUAACUAAUGAGAUGCAAUGGUUUAUUUGAUCAUAAACUCUCAGCCCCUCUUUUAUAGUGGGAACAGUUGGCUGAUAUCCCAUCUGCCAAACCGUCCGGUUCUUAAAUCAACACAGAUUACCACCGCCAGCUGCCUGGACCUCGUCUUAUACUUUCUACAGUUGGACUCGACGGGGUCUAUCAAUUAUUUCCCUCUAGAUCAAUCAAAAAAAAUAAAAAACGAAUUGUGGUUGAUUUGUGAU